UCUUACUGUUUUUAUCAACAUUGUUUAGUACUAUCCAACACAAUCUAUACAAUACCAUGUAAAAACGAAGAGCAUUGUAAUGAUAAUUGUAGGAUUUACAUUUAAAAUGUUUUAUUUAAGAUUUCUUCCUAUUCAUAGUGUCGCACAUUUGAGAGGGAACGUUGUGGAACGGUGUACAGGGGACACACUGCUCUUGUGACAAGAGUAGAAUGGAGGACUGCAGGAGAGGAUGUUAGCUCGAUCUUCCUGUCAGCAGCACUUGAUGAUACUAUCCGUGUAUGGUUUGUUGAUAAACUCAUACCUGUAUGUGUGCUCAAAAUGCAAGAGACACUAGCAGGAGGUUACGUUGAUGCAUGCUGGUGUCCCUGGUAUACCAACCUACUUGCUGCAGUUCAUGGUGGAGGAUUGCAUGUGUGGGAUAUUUCACUCUCUACCCAUGCACCAAUACUUACUAAUAACUUGCAUGGAGCUGCUUCUGUUGCUUUCAGCCCCCACACAAGAAAUGUUAUUGUUGGUGACAGCCAUGGUAAAGUUUCUGUAUUUCACUUAGAAGGCUUGGAACUUUCGGCAAGUAUCUUCUUCAAGUAUUCAUCAGCAAUAUCAAAACUUGCCAAGUUUGGAGUGGUACCAGUAAACACAAAUUAAGUAUUGAUAUCAUUGCAAUAAUCAAACAUAUCGCUCAUUCAUGAAAGGCUGUCACUAAAUCCAAUAGCCUCUCUUAUUAAUAUGUGGUAAGAAGAGUGUUCCUACAGAGAUGGUUAUAUUUUACAUGUGCUUUUCUUUGGCACAAAGUUGGACUAGAAACCAGAAUUUAUGUAAAUUAUCUGAUAGGAUGGAAUGUCUGCUAGCAAUUUUCAUCUGUUGGUUUCUUUGUGUGCAAGAAACAAAAUUGGUAUCUUCAAUAUACUGCUUCCCUAGGAGAUCAGCAUAUAUAUACGUACCUUGGACCUCGAGUGCAUGAGAAGAAUCAGUCCUCCAAGAUCUGGCCCAGCAGUGAGAAGUUGAGAUAGGUUAUUUCCCAAGUGAGGAGGCCAACCUCACCCUUCUUCAUAAUUUUGGGUCAAACAUGACAAGAUUCAGCUUGCCUACCAGAUCAGUUGCUUGAAUUCUAUGAGUGUAUAGGAGGAUUGCCCAACCUAGACUGAAAUUCUUUAUUGUGUUCAUGCUAGGUCAUUUAAAACCAUUUAAAUAUCAUACUUAAAACUGGAGCAAGAAGAAUGAAAGAAAUUGAGAAGUCAAACACUAGAAGAGAAAUAGUGUAAUAUAUUGUAACUAGUGGCAGAAAUGCAACUGUACAUAUAUAAAAUAGUAUGUCGCGAAGUGAGCUUUCUAAGCAAACCUACCAGCACUACCCAGCUGUGAUGAUUAGCACAUUUGAGUGACUGAGCUAGGUAUUUAAGUAAAUUAACAGUAUUUUCUGACAUACAGACCUGUAUUUUACAGGGGCCCACUUUUGACCUUACACAUUGA